AUAGGACUUGUUCCGCUCCACCAUGAAACCAGUGCAGAAGGUUCUGGAAGACUCUGACCUGAAGAAGACUGACAUUGACGAGAUCGUCCUGGUCGGUGGCUCCACUCGUAUUCCCAAGAUCCAGCAGCUGGUGAAGGAGCUCUUCAACGGCAAGGAGCCGUCCAGAGGAAUCAACCCAGACGAGGCUGUGGCUUACGGAGCUGCCGUCCAGGCUGGAGUCCUGUCUGGAGAAGAGGACACCGGAGACCUGGUGCUUCUGGACGUUUGCCCUUUGACCCUGGGCAUUGAGACGGUCGGAGGAGUGAUGACCAAACUCAUUCCCAGGAACACCGUUGUGCCCACCAAAAAAUCCCAGAUCUUCUCCACCGCUUCUGACAACCAGCCAACCGUGACCAUCAAAGUUUAUGAAGGUGAGCGUCCGCUGACCAAAGAUAACCACCUCCUGGGCACCUUUGACCUGACCGGCAUCCCUCCGGCUCCCCGCGGCGUCCCUCAGAUCGAGGUCACCUUCGAGAUCGACGUCAACGGCAUCCUGCGUGUCACCGCCGAGGACAAGGGCACAGGCAACAAGAACAAGAUCACCAUCACCAACGACCAGAACCGGCUGACCCCCGAGGACAUCGAGCGCAUGGUGAACGAGGCCGAGCGCUUUGCCGACGAGGACAAGAAGCUAAAGGAGCGCAUCGACGCACGCAACGAGCUGGAGAGCUACGCCUAUUCCCUGAAGAACCAGAUCGGGGACAAAGAGAAGCUGGGCGGCAAACUGUCGCCCGACGACAAGGAGGCCAUCGAGAAGGCGGUCGAGGAGAAGAUCGAGUGGCUGGAGUCUCACCAGGAGGCAGAUCUUGAGGACUUCCAGGCCAAGAAGAAGGAGCUGGAGGAAAUCGUGCAGCCCAUCGUCAGCAAGCUGUACGGCAGCACGGGUGGCCCGCCACCGGAGGAGGGUGACGAUCAGGGCGAUGAUCAGGGCAACAGGGACGAGUUGUAGAUCGUCCGGACUCUGUUUUCAGUCGCGUUGACUCCCUCGCCUCUCUAGGUGUACAUACUGAACACGACGGACAUUUUGUACGAGACGGGUGAACGUAAAGCCUCAAAUCUCUUCGGGAAAGACUUGAGGGAAGUGUUAGAGUUGCGUUUGUUGUCUUAUUUUUUUCUUCACUCUGGUGGAGAUUCAGUCAGCCUGGUUUGAGGCUCGAUGCUGCUGUUCUCAGGCAGUUCUGUGAGG